AUGGAUUAUAUUCCUUCUCCUUGUUUCUUGGGCCAGUUCCUAACACUCUUAAUUCCUUUUCUUUCCCACCUCAGUCAAGGUGCUCUUGUCCCACCUCAGAAGAACAUAACCGUCCCGGCCGUCUAUGUAUUUGGAGACUCAAUUGUUGAUACAGGCAAUAAUAACUAUCUUUUCUCUGUGGUAAAGUGCAAUUUCCCGCCCUAUGGCAGGGACUUUAUGGGUGGAAGAGCAACAGGAAGGUGUAGCAAUGGACGGCUCCCCUCAGAUUUACUUGCCCGCAAAUUAGGAAUUAAGGAGACUUUGCCCGCCUAUCUUGAUCCAAAUCUGCAACCUGAAGAUCUAGUCACCGGCAUAAGCUUCGCUUCGAGCUCCACCGGUUAUGAUCCUCUCACGGCUAAAGUAUCGUCGGUGUUAUCAUUGUCGGAUCAAUUGAAGUUGUUCAAGGAGUACAAAGACAAGGUGAAGACGCUUGUUGGAGAGGAGAGGAGUGCAACCAUCAUCUCCCACAGCCUAUACGUUGUUUGUGCAGGGAGCAAUGAUUUUCUGAUAACGUAUUUUACGACACCGUUGAGGAGAAAGAAAUACGACGUCCCGGCCUACACGGAUCUCAUGCUCCGAUCAGCUUCUUCAUUCCUUCAAAAACUGUAUGGUCUCGGAGCAAGAAGGAUUGCUGUGUUUAGCAUUCCGGCGGUAGGGUGUGUGCCGACGGCGAGAUUCAUAUUUGGAGGAGGACAGGGAGGGUGUGUAAAGAGUGUGAACCAAGCGGGAGAGAUAUUCAACGCUAAGCUAUAUUCCAAGCUGGAUUCGCUAAACAACAAGUUUCCACAAGCAAGGAUGGCUUAUAUUGAUGUCUACUUUCCUUUCCUCCGUCUUAAUCAAAAGCCUCACGAUUAUGGUAAUCGAUUCUUUUAA